UGAAGGAAAUGGCAAGAGGAGGGUUGAACCAAAAUCAGCCAUAGUUAUUAUUUAUUGGUAUUAAAAGGUAUUGUGGCGAAUAAAAAAGAAGUCUUUAUCCGAUCCGAAUACUUUGUCUUCUACACCGGUGUGGUGUCCUGGUGCGAAGGUUCCGGCCCACUUCGGGCUUCGAAUAAAUUGGCGCUAGCCACCUAACCUUGUUUACCUUUCCAACGAUUUUCUCUAUCCAUCCUUCCACUCUCUCUCUCUUGCGUUUCUCCAUCAGCCCUGCCCCCUGGGUCAGAUCGAAUUCUUGAUUCCAUCCUCCCUAAAGAUUCGAAUGCAAUAGGGCUGGGUUGUAGCGGCCACUGAUACUGCUGUCAUCUUGGCCAUGCGACGGUUGUUCGCGGCAUCGAUCGGCGUCCUGAGAGAGGACUCCUUAAAGGCUACCGCCGCCACCUAUUUUCAAGGCUCCGAAGUUGUAUCUGUUGCCUCUGCUUCGAAAUUGGUUGUCUUUCCUGGAGCUGAUUAUAGUAGGGUUGUCUAUGGCUGCCGAUCAUUACCCUAGUCCCAAGGGCCUCCUCUGCAAUGCUGGUGCUGGUGCUGCGGCUGGUGUAAUUGCAGCUACUUUUGUUUGUCCGUUAGAUGUUAUAAAGACUAGGCUUCAAGUCAAUGGGCCUCCUCAGCUUACCACUGCUAGCUUUAAAGGUAGUGUUAUUGUGGGGAGUUUAGAACAGAUAUUUCAAAAGGAUGGUUUCCGUGGUAUGUACCGUGGGCUUUCUCCAACUGUAAUUGCUUUACUCCCAAAUUGGGCGGUGUACUUUACGAUAUAUGAACAGCUAAAGAGCUUUCUUGGAUCUGAUGAUGCAAGUCAUCAACUCUCUAUUGGUGCUAACAUGAUGGCUGCUGCGGGUGCUGGAGCUUCAACAACAAUUGCAACAAAUCCUCUCUGGGUUGUCAAGACAAGGCUGCAGACGCAAGAAAGGGGAAGGGGGGUGGUGCCUUAUACCGGCACAAUAUCUGCCUUGCGUAGAAUUGCAUAUGAAGAGGGUAUUCGUGGAUUGUAUAGUGGUCUUGUGCCAGCGUUGGCUGGAGUUAGUCAUGUUGCAAUUCAGUUUCCAACAUAUGAGAAGAUAAAGUGCUAUUUGGCAGAUCAAGGGAACACUACAAUGGACAAACUGAGCGCUAGUGAUGUUGCUGUUGCUUCAUCAGUUUCAAAAAUAUUUGCUUCUACCUUGACUUAUCCACACGAGGUUGUUCGGUCAAGACUUCAAGAACAAGGAUUCCACUCUGAGAAGCGAUAUACUGGCGUUGUUGAUUGUGUUAAGAAAGUUUUCCAGCAUGAGGGUAUUUCUGGUUUUUAUCGUGGCUGUGCCACCAACCUGCUGAGGACAACACCGGCUGCUGUAAUCACAUUUACCAGUUUUGAAAUGAUACAUCGCUUUCUGGUCACCUUGUUCCCACCUGAUCAUCACCCUCAGCCAUUGUGAAGAUGAUGGUUACAAUCAAUGACUGGUAAAUGCUUCAAUGUUGCCGGAAACACUGGCUUGUGGUGUAUCUACCAGCACUUGCCCCCCUUCUCAAUCUAUAUGUUAGUUGCAGAUAACCAAAAUUCUCAGACAAUCAUAAAUUUGAAGUAGUCCAACACAAAAUAGACACUGUUCGUUUUAGGUGAUGAGGAAAUAGAUGAAAUUUGUUGAUUUGGUGAAACUAGUUUAAUUCUAUUCCCGGUUUGCUGGCAUUGAGUUGAGGUUAUCAAUGUUUGAUCAAGUAUUGAUAAAUAAAAUAAAAUUGCUGGUUGA